AGUAGUAUUGCGGUGACCUCGCUGGUUAGGUCGAGGCUGUCCGGGCGCCGCGUCCGUCUUCCCCUCCGGCGGUGCCUCGCUGUGCAGGCAGCUGCUGCUGGCCUUUGGCGCGGCUAAGCGAAAAGGGGCUGUUCGUGGCCGGUGCUCGGCGAUUGCCGCGGGCUCUCCUCCCUGUUCAGCCGCGGGCGUUGAGGAAAGCCCCAGUCAUGAGCCACCUAACGGUGCAGUCCCUCCGCCAGGUGAUGAAAUCCCUCCUGGACUCGCCGGGCUUUGACCGGGUGGUCAGCAAGAUGACUGUUCUUUCUGCUAGCGCUGGGAAAGUUAUAUGUGAAAUGAAAGUUGAAGAAGAGCACACCAACCGCGGAGGAACUUUGCAUGGAGGGUUGACAGCAACUCUGGUAGAUGUUGUAUCAACUGCUGCUUUGAUGUACACUGAAAGACAAGCACCUGGAGUCAGUGUGGAUAUGAACAUCAGCUAUAUGUCAGCAGCUAAGAUUGGAGAUGAAAUCCUGAUCACUGCAGAGGUUCUAAAGCAAGGUAGAAGCUUGGCAUUUGCCAAUGUGGAUUUAACAAGCAAGGCAACUGGAAAGUUGAUAGCCCAAGGAAGGCAUACAAAAUUCCUGGGACACAAUUAGAAGGAAGUGAUCACUUUGAGAAAAAGUUGAUGUGAAUUUGAAUCUUGAAGCACUUCAGGACAGAAGAAGAGUUGACAGCGAAGGGAUGAAAACAUUCCUGUCCGGCCUGGAGACGAUCCUCAGCUGUUGAAGUGGGUGAACUAUUAAUGGGAUAGGCUUCUGCUGCUGGUGGCUUUGAACUAUUCUUCUUGUAAUUGCUCCUGGAGACAUUGUGUGCAUGUACUUCACAGAGAUUUUCAUACCCUAAAACGAGUGUUUAAAAUGUACCAGAAGCUCUCUUCUCUAACUUCAAGCUUACUGAGUAGUAUUGAACACUGCGGACUUAAUAGGUAUUACGAUGUGUGACGACCCCUUAUCUGGGGA